AGGCAACUCAAUAAAGAGUCAAAUGGGAAAAUAAUUAAGAAAAGAAAAGUCUACUAAUAUACUAAUUGGAAACAAACAUGGCACCUUCCUUGCUUGUUCUCUAAUUCAAAAAUCAACUUAGAAGAUCCUUAAGAUUCUUGACGAAAUCCGCAAGAUCUUGCUUUCCGAACUGUACAGAUAUCCUCAAGAUUUGUCUCUCAAUGCCUUCCCAUUUAAAACUCAAUCGCCCUCUCCUUCAUUUUCAUCAUCUUCCUCUCCGUCUCUCAACAUCUUCUUCUACCUUCAUUUUUACACCAGGAAAAAAAAAUUUUCAAUCAUGGGUAUGGCUGCUGUUGAAGCUCAAACCCAGUUUCACGUUCUUGCUGUUGAUGACAGUCUUGUUGACAGAAAGUUGAUAGAAAAACUCCUUAAAAUUUCUUCUUACCAAGUUACUGUUGUGGACUCUGGGAGUAAGGCCUUGGAAAUCUUGGGUUUGUUGAAUGAAGACAAAAAUGAGAUAAAUUCUGAAAUUGCUUCUGUUUCACCUCAUCAUCAAGACAUAGAAGUCAAUUUAAUUAUCACAGAUUAUUGUAUGCCUGGAGUGACUGGCUAUGAUCUCCUCAGAAAAGUGAAGACAUCAGCAUCUUUGAAAGAUAUCCCAGUUGUGAUUAUGUCCUCAGAAAAUGUUCCUUCAAGAAUCAACAGGUGCUUGGAGGAAGGAGCUGAAGAAUUCUUCCUGAAGCCAGUUCAAUUAUCAGAUGUCAGCAGGCUUAAGCCUCAUCUCAUGAAGGGAAAGCCAAAGGAGAAUACUAAUGGUGAAACAAACAAUAACAAGAGAAAAGGAAUAGAAGAAAUCAGCUCUUCUGAUAGAACAAGAACAAGAUACAAAAGCACCAAUGGCUUGGAUCUAAUUAAGCCAUAAAAUUAGCUAUUGUUUUUCUAAGUUCCUUUAAUUUGCAGUAUUUUGGUUCCUACAGCAGUUCUCUUGUUUUUACUUUUCUUUUAACCUUGAUUGUACAGUUUCUCCAUAGAAUUUUUUUUUUUUUUUUUUUAAAUUGAGAGAGGUGUAGGUCAUAUUAUUAUCAAAAGAAAAACAUUCAUUUAA